GUUAUUCCCUCACCCUUUCUCUUCUUCUGAAAACUAAAAUACCAAAAUUUCUAUAGCAUGAGCAACCGCACAUAUCUAAAAAGCUACAUUACCGAAGUGAUACUCCCGCCAGAUACGAUGUGUUACGACCCUGAGGGGUGGGGACCAUUUUCUUCGAUUAGAAAGCCUGAUUUUACACCAUGCUUUGAGGACACAUUUAUCAUGACAAUAUCGUCUUUUUAUCUGAUUGUGGCCGGAACAAUACGAUUUUUUUUAUUAUACAAACGAGAGCUUUUAAUGAAAGAUGUUACUAAAAGUUGGCUCUAUUUUGUAAAAAUGACGACCUUGAUUAUUUUGAUAUUGACAGCUACAACCAGUUUCGUUUUCUCGGUAAAUACAACCAUUUCAGCUGUGGAUGAUAUGCAGAUUGUGGCUCAAGGAUUUAAUCUAUUUGUCUUGUUAUUGGCAACUUUGUUACAUCAUUUUGAAUAUACAAGAAAUCCAAUUUCGUCUGGUGUCUUGCUUAUUUACUGGCUAUUGGAAAUCAUCCUUGGUGGUGUGAAGCUACGUACCAUGCUUAUUACUCAUCGCAGCACAGAAAAUCACUCAGAUCAUUUCGCAAUUUAUCUUAUUCGCUAUGCUUUAACAGUUCUUGUGUUUGUAUUAGAAAAUAUACCGAAGCCAAAGAGACAAUACAUCUUCUUGGAUGAUGAAGACGAGAUGAAUUGCCCCGAAGAGAGAACAAAUAUUUUCGGUAGAUUAACAUUUAGUUGGAUGACACCUUUAAUGCAAUUAGGAUACAAAACUCCUUUAAUAAUGGAUGAUUUGUGGAAUCUAAAACACGAAGAUGAGGCAGAAGUUGUAGGACAGCGAUUCCAAAAGUGUUGGGACAUCGAAAUGAAGAAAGAAAGGCCAUCACUGUUCCUUGCACUCGUAAAAAGCAUAGGAGGACCAUUUUUGUUUGCAGCUGUUCUGAAAGCGAUACAAGACAUUUUGCAAUUUACCCAGCCUUUGCUCUUGAGAGAAUUAAUGGGUUGGGUCACAAGUUAUCUGACAAAUGAACCUGAACCUGGUUAUAGGGGUGUUUUUAUUUCAGUUGCUAUGUUCAUUACAGCUAUUUUGCAAACAAUGUUUUUACACCAAUACUUCCAACUCUGCUUUACGACCGGAAUGAAGAUGCGCGCAGCUUUAGUUACAGCCAUUUAUAAAAAAACGCUAUUGUUAAGCAAUGCAAGCCGUCAGCAAUCCACUGUAGGAGAAAUUGUGAAUCGUAUGAGUGUGGAUGCACAACGCUUAAUGGAUCUAUGCACUUAUUUUCAUAUAGGCUGGAGCGGACCUUUUCAGAUUAUUAUUGCUUUGUUUCUACUAUGGAAGACAAUGGGUCCUAGUAUUUGGGCUGGUGUAAGUGUCCUUGUGCUUGCUAUCCCUUUAAACAUGCUUAUUGCAAAAACAAUGCGUCAAUACCAAAAGACUCAGAUGACUAACAAAGACUCGAGAGUGAAGCUAAUGAAUGAAAUUUUAAAUGGCAUUCGAGUAAUCAAACUGUAUGCUUGGGAGGCCCCGUUCAUGGAAAAGAUUGGAUUUAUCCGUAACGAUCUAGAAUUAGCAAUGCUUAAAAAAAUCGGGCUACUUUCAGCGGCACAAAGUUUUACUUGGACAUCGAUACCGUUUUUUGUGUCUAUCUUUACCUUUGCGGUAUAUGUCAGUAUUUCAUCUACACCAUUAACUAGUCAGAUCGCGUUUGUUGCUAUCUCCUUAUUUUCACUUCUCCAGUUUCCCAUGGCUAUAUUUCCCAAUGUUAUUACAUCUAUGAUAGAAGCAACUGUAUCUCUUUACCGUAUACAAGAUUAUUUAUCCAGCGAAGAAAUUGAUUUACAAGCUAUCAAACGAUACGACUUCCGUGACAUUGAAGAUUGGGAUCCAUCUAUACCACUUGUUGAAAUCAAUCAUGCCUCAUUUAAAUGGGAUAAAGCGUCGGAUCAGACAGACCUUACUGAUAUAUGUCUAUAUGCCAGAAAAGGUACCCUCACUGCAAUCGUAGGUCGAGUAGGUACAGGAAAAUCUACUUUGAUCAGUGCCAUAUUGGGAGACAAUUUUAAGGUAUCUGGAGAGCUGGUUUUACGAGGUAAUAUCGCCUAUGUACCACAACAGCCAUGGAUCAUGAAUGCGACUGUUCGAGACAAUAUCACUUUCGGACUGAAAUGGGACCCGAUAUUUUAUGAGCAAGUGCUCGAGUCGUGUUGCUUGAAACAGGAUUUGAAAGUGCUCUCAGAUGGUGAUUUGACAGAAAUUGGUGAGCGAGGUAUCAAUCUUUCAGGUGGACAAAAAGCUCGUAUUUCUAUUGCCCGUGCUCUUUAUGCCCGUGCAGAUAUUUAUCUCUUAGAUGAUCCACUUAGUGCGGUUGAUGCCCAUGUUGGACGUCAGUUAUUUGAUCGGGUUAUUGGCCCCAACGGUCUAUUAAAAAAUAAGGCUCGUCUACUGGUUACACAUGCCAUCGCUUAUCUCGAUAAAGUGGAUCAUAUUGUCAUGAUGCGACACGGUCAAGUUGAACUACAAGGAGCUUAUAGCAAACUGAUGUUGCACAAAAAUAAUGAGCUUUAUAAGCUGAUAAAAGAGUUUGGUAACCAGCUACCGAAUGAAGAACAGAAUGCUCUAGAACAAGAUAGAAACAGUACUUGUUCUUCUGAGGGCGAAGAUGUUACUCUAGAACCUUUAGGUGAUGAGCAUCCAAUCAGUAUUGAGCAUUCAGAAGAAGAAAUCUCAAUGAAUCAAGAUGCGCUGCUUUAUCGACGUAGAGAUCGUAGAGUUAGUAUUGGCAGUUUGCUAAGUGAAGUCGCGUCAAGAAGAGCGUCAGUCAGCUCUUCUGUAUUCAAAAAAAGCCGCGGUAGGAGGCGAGGAACAAGUCCAGAUUGUAGAUAUGGUGUUGGCAAUCUGAUGACAGUAGAAGAAAGUGCACAAGGUAAAGUCGAUUUCCGUGUCUACAAAGAAUACUUCAAAGCUUGUUCUGUUAUUGGUAUUGUCGGGGUCAUUAUAUUCCAAUGCUCUUCUCAAGGAUCUCAAGUGGGAGCAAACCUUUGGCUCAAACAUUGGAGCGGGAAAAACUUGGAAGAUGGAGCAAAUAAUAACGUAUGGGUUUAUCUUACUAUUUACGCAUUAAUUGGAUGGUCUGGUACCAUAUUUGCAUUUUUGCAAACCAUGACUAUGUGGGUAUAUUGUGGUAUUCGGUCUGCUCGAUUUUUGCAUUCUAACAUGCUUGAAUCCGUCGUCAAAUCGCCGAUGUCUUUUUUUGACACAACGCCACUAGGAAGAAUCUUAAACAGAUUUAGUAAGGACCAACACACUAUUGAUGAAAUUUUACCAAGAAAUUUCAACAUGUAUGUUCGAGUCCUUGCACAAGUAAUCGCAACUGUUUCGAUCAUCACAUUUUCCACGCCAUUUUUUUUACUGUUGGUGAUUCCCCUGUUCUUUAUUUAUAUGGGUGUACAACGUUACUACCUUGCAACCUCGCGUGAGCUGAAGCGAUUAGACUCAGUCGGUAAAAGCCCAAUCUAUUCCCAUUUUCAAGAAACCAUUCAAGGCGUUUCGACAAUUCGUGCGUACGAUCAACAAAGGGCAUUUAUCUUUCAAAACCAAGAUAAAUUAGACAACAAUCAACGCGCCUAUUUUCCUUCCAUUUCUUGUAAUCGUUGGUUAGCGGUCCGUCUUGAAUUUUUAGGCUCUAUCAUCAUAUUUGGGUCUUGCAUCUUUGCCGUUUUAGGGGUUUUGUACGGUCCCAAAUCGUAUAUUGAUCCAGGCCUGGUGGGUUUGAGUGUCUCAUAUGCUCUUAGUGUUACACAAGCGCUCAGUUGGGUUAUUCGUUCAUACUGUGACAUUGAAACGAAUAUUGUUUCUGUAGAACGUGUUAAUCAGUAUAUAGAACUUCCACGUGAAAAGUAUGAGGCAUCACGUAGUGUUGAUCCCAUGUGGCCAGCUAUUGGGAAAGUUGAAUUUAGAGGUUAUUCUACACGCUAUCGACCCGGGCUUGACCUUUGUUUGAAGAACUUAAGCUUUACAAUUAAUCCAAAAGAAAAAAUCGGUAUUGUUGGUCGUACAGGCGCAGGUAAAAGCUCAUUGAGUUUGGCGCUCUUCCGUAUCAUUGAGGCAUCAAAAGGUGGCAUUAUCAUCGAUGGCGUUGACAUUUCCACUCUACGUUUAUUCGACCUUCGAUCCAGAUUAACCAUUAUCCCCCAAGAUCCUGUUCUUUUUGCAGGUAAUGUUCGUGAUAACUUGGAUCCAUUUGGUACCCACACCGACAUAGAAAUCUGGCAAGCUCUGGAAAAUGCUCACUUAAAAGAUCAUGUAACUGGUAUGGUUAAUCAAUUAUUUGGAACUGUUCUUGAAGGCGGAGAUAAUUUUUCAGUUGGCCAAAGACAGCUCAUUUGUCUUGCUAGAGCACUUUUACGCCGCACUACAAUCCUAGUUCUGGAUGAAGCUACUGCAGCAAUCGAUGUCGAAACAGAUUCUAUCAUUCAAGAUACGAUUCGCAAACAGUUUAAAGAUUGUACUAUUCUAACAAUCGCUCACCGCAUAAAUACCGUGUUAGAUUCUGACAGAAUCUUGGUGUUGGAUAAUGGUUUAAUCGGAGAAUUUGAUACACCUAAAAACUUGCUAUCAAAUCAUGAAUCCAUGUUCUAUUCUCUUUCGAAAGAAGCAGGCCUCGCGGAUUGAUUUAAUACGUUUUUAAUAAAUUAUCCUCACAAUUUGAUCUGAUAUCGCUGCUGUAAAAAAAAUUGAAGCAGUAUGAAUGUGUAAAAUCAUUAUUAUGCAAUGAUCAUAAAACUGGUUCUAUGUACAAACGUGUCUGCAUCGUAUCUAGUUGGGGGAAAUAGGGACCGCCGUCAGAAUUGAAUACAGCAUGUUUCAGAAAGACAAUAUUCAUUUCAAAGGACACGGCCUUUUCGAAUAUGGUCUGCUUUGCACCGGAUCUGUAAACUCCGUCUUACACGCCCGUGUGUGACGUCGAACAGGUUAAGAGGCGUUUUGUUUUGAUUCUUUGGUACAUAUUUCCUUUUUUACAAACAAAACAAUGUACC